AUGCGACAGCGUGCGAGUUCCAAGACGCAAAGGCGUUUAAAACAACAGCAAAUAUAUAAUCCAUAUGCACUUACGGAUGAUGUCUAUUGUGAGACACCGACGUUCUGUAUAAAUGGUCCUGUAACAGUGAUUGGUCUGAUACAAGUUGUGACGAUACUAGCACUGAGUAGUUUUAUGUUUGGGAGCACUUUGCUCUUUUGUGCCGUGCUGGUGGUGACAAUAGGGCUUGUUACCUUCUAUCAUAGCAAUACAAAGGCGAUACAACAAGGAAUGGGACUAAAGCAGACGAUUAACCGACUACUGACACUGCGUCAAAGCGCUUUAGACUACUCACUGACGCUCUCCAUUGCGCAGAGUAACAGCAAGUACAAGCAGCAGAAACAACGUAAAGAGCUGCAGAUUGCUAUGUUACCGUCGAGUCCUACGCCUCAGAAGGUAGUAGCGACCAUGAUACUGAACGAAGAGGAGGCUUUGAAGAUUCAGGAGAAGAGAAAGAUAAAGCAGCUCGUAGACAUUGUUCCGUUGAUGACGCUCAGCCGUUUAAACAUGAUGCCCUUGCCGAAGAUCAGCUUGAUCUUAAGGGAGACGACGGAGGCUCUGAUAAUGGAGAAGCCCCAAGCCAAUUCGGAGCCCAAGCAGGUACUACGGAGCCGGCCGCUACUGCUGCUGAAGGCAAAGGUGCAGAACUCAGGCCUUGCGCAGGAAAAGACGACGCAAGAGAGACCGACUUGUACAGUGUUGAAGACAUCGUCAAAGCAGGAAAAGAAGACUACGAAUGUGGACGCUAAGGCUACAACGACGCCGUUCCAGCAGCAGACGAUUGCAUUCGAGGCGCCUAAAGUUUCUACGAAGAAACAUAUUCAGCCGCGUGUUCCUAAGGCAGCGGAGGUUGUUUCACCUACAACUACUGUCAAUGUCGAGCCUGUCGCAUUUGAUGUGAAGCCAUUGAGGGUUUUCCCGAAGCCCAAGCCAUUGAUAGAAAUAGCAUAUGGCGAGCCAGCCAACGAGCGUGAACUGGUUGUUACGCGCAAAGUAUUGCUUUACUUGAACGCAAAUGCAGGGUCAGUGGUGAACUUGGAUGAGCAAGAUUUGGAACAAGAAUCUAAAUGCAAACAGGAUGUGGCAUGUGAACACAAGCCAGAAGACUUUGCGCUUUCGCUGGAGGCGUUUCCGCCAUUGUCGCCGCCAUUAGUGCCACAGGUGUCACUGUCGCUACCCACUACUGAUGUCGUGGAGCCGAAUUUUCUAAUGGACAUUGAGCUGGAGCCGAUUGUCAAGCCAGAAAAGAAUAUGAACGGGCAAAGCGUCUCGCAUCCUGAGUCAGUGGGUAGCGCCGACCUGCGGUCGAUGGUUGAUGAGCUGGAUGCGAUGCGUCUAGAGCUUGAUGCCGCUAUGGCUUGCUGCACUUCUCUACUCUAUGAAAGAGAGAAGAUGUCUACACUUGCGUUACUGAAACUGAAGCCGGAAGAGGACACUAUCUGUUGCUGCUAA